AUGCUCACUCUUCUUAACAGAUGGAAAAGUGCCCCAGGAGGACCAACUAAUGCUGGUAAGUCAUGAAAUAUCCUCAUUUUAUUCUGAAAACCAUUUUUGUUAAGGCGCUUUCAUGCGUGUAUUGGAAUCGCCAAAAAGUUCGACCAAUGAUAAAAUUGCCAUUCUUCGCGCCUUCAACGAUUGGAAUAUUUUGGUGAACACAUGGUUUGAAGUCGCUGAUAUUUUACCAGCGAUCGAAAAAGUUUUGGAUUCACCAAAUUUCCCAGAGAAAAAUGCAGCUUCAUUGCUCGUCUCAAAAGUUUAUUACUGUUUGGAACAAUAUGACAAAGCUUUGCAAUUCGCUCUUAUGGGAGAUUUCAAUGUUGUUCCAGCCGUUCAAACUGGUCUUGGAAACGAUGCAGAGGUAAAAAAUUAACGAAAUAAAAAUGAAAAUCAGAUUUUCUUCCAGUAUGUCAACAAAAUCAUUGAAACUGCUAUCGACACCUACAAAUCAAUCAAACAACAAAAUUCUGAAGCUGCUGUUCCAGCGAUUCUCGAGGAAUUGGUCAACAAAAUCGUCACAAGAAAUCUUGAAAAGCACGAAGUUUGGUAUGUGAUUUCGCUUGGCUUUGAAUUGAAAAACCUUCAUUUGAUCGAAAAAGCCAUUAGUGCAUUGCCAAGUGAACUCAACAACAGAAAUCAAGGUAUGUAAAAUAGAAUGCGAAGUUACAUAUUAAAAAAAAUUAUAUUUCAGUCACAUUGGUUGAGACCUUGAAUCGUGUUAUGAGUGGAGGAUUCGAAAAGAACUUCAGACUCAAAGUUAUCGAUCUCGUCAUUAAAACAUACUUGAAAUGCCCAUCGCCAGAUAUGUCCAAGAUUUGUGAAUGUUAUGUUUUCACUGGAAAUUCAGAUGAUGCAGCUGACACAAUUAUCAACUUGAUUACUACUGGAAAACCAAGUGUUGGUUAUCAAAUUGCAUUCGAUUUGUAUGAAAAUGCCAGUCAAGGAUUCGUCGACAAAGUUCUUCGUAGAUUUGCGGCUCUUGAAAAAACAGCCGAUCCAAUUCCAAUCGAACGUGUUAUUUCGAUUCUCAAUGGACACGAAACUGUCAAAGCAUAUCUCGAUUUCUUUGUUCGUCACAAUCACACAGAUCCAAUUUUGAUGGAAGAAAUUCGUGAAAAUAUUCGAACUGCUUCUGGACACAACGCAUUAUUGAUUGCAAAUGGUUUAAUGCAAUACGGAACAACUUGCGAUGAUUUCCUUCGAAAUAAUUUGGCUUGGGUUGGAAAAGCUACUAACUGGAACAAAUUCAAUGCGGUCGCCUCGUUGGGAUUGAUUCAUCAUGGACAAGAAUCAUCAGCACUCAAAGUUUUGGAUCCAUAUUUGCCAAGAGAUGGAAGCAUUGAUGGAUUUGGAUUCAAAGAAGGAGGAGCUAUGUUUGCUUACGGUUUGAUUCAUGCAAAACACGGUGAUGCUACAGUUAUGAGCACUUUGGCUCAAUGGCUCAAAAGUGCUGAAAAUGAACCAGUUCGACAUGGAUCUUGUCUUGGUUAUGGUGUUGCUGGAUUGGGAUCUUCUUCGGCUUCAGUAAGUUUUUGAAGAAAAAUAGGGGAAGACUUUCAAAACUUCUGGUAAAUUUCAGGCUUACGAAAAAGUUCGUGAAGUUUUGCAACGCGACGAAGCUGUGUCUGGAGAAUCUGCUGGAAUUGCAAUGGGUUUGAUUAUGGCUGGAAAUUUGAACAGCGAAGUUUUUUCGGAAUUGAAACAAUACACAAUUGAUACACAACACGACAAAACACAACGAGGAAUUCGAACCGGUUUAGCUUGUGCUGCAUUUGGACUCCAACAAGAUGCUGAAAUUUAUAUUGACGAAGCAUUGAAGGCAAAAAGUAAUCCAAUGUUGAGAUCAACUGGAGUUUGUAUGUUGGCAAUGGCUUAUGCUGGAACUGGGAAUGCUGAUGUUGUGAGAAGAUUGUUGGAGAAAGUUGCGACUGAUCCAAAUUUGGAUGUGAAAAGAUAUGCUACAAUUGGUAUUGGAUUCGUUCUCAGCAAGUUAGUUUUCAUUUUUGUUAUUAUUUCCCAAUAUCUGAAAUUUCCAGUGAUCCAUCAACAUGUCUUUUGUACAUUGGAAUGUUGACUGAACAUUUCAAUGGACACGUCAGAUAUGGAGCUGCAAUGGCAUUGGGAAUUGCAUGUGCUGCAUCUGGAAAUAUGGAAGCAAUUUCACUUUUGGAACCAAUGAUUUCUGAUAAAGAAGGAUUUGUUCGAAAUGGUGCACUUUUGGCACUUUCUCUUAUUAUGUGCCAACAAUCUGAUUAUUCUUGCCCAAAAGUCAAUGGUUUCCGUAAGCAAUUGGUCAAAAAGAUUGGAGAAAAGAAUGAAGACAGUUUGGUGAAAUUUGGAGCUAUUAUUGCCCAGGUUUGAUAAUUUUAUCAAGAGUAAUUGGACAAAUUUUGUGUAUUUAGGGACUUCUUGAUAUUGGUGGUCAAAAUGCGUCAGUUUUGAUGCAUAACAGCGAUGGACAAGCUGAUAUGGCAAGUAUGGUUGGAAUGAUGUGCUUUUUGCAUGGAUGGUUCUGGCAUUCGAUGCAUUUCUUUAUUGCUCUUGCUGCUAAGCCAAGUUGUUUGGUUUUGAUCAAUGAGAAUUUGAAGGUAAUGUUCAGGAUUUUCCGAAUCUCAUUAAUAGUUUUAAUUCCAGACUCCAAUUGUUGAAUAUACUUGUUUGGCCAACAGCCAAAGAUUUGCUUAUCCUCCAAGAGCCGAAUCGAAAAAAGACAAGGAUGUCAAAAAGAUCGAAACAGUUGUUUUGUCAAUUACCGGAAAGAAAACUGCUGCAAGACGAGCUGCGGCUGAAGAAAAGAAGAAAGCAUUAUUGGGAACACCGAAUAUUGCUUCAGCACCAUCUUCAUCGGCACCAAAUGGAGAAGAUGAAAAAAUGGAAGUUGAUACAAAACCAGUUAUUGUGAAGUAAGAAAUCAUUUAAAAUACAUAUUAAUAGUUUUUUUUUUCAGAAAAGACACGAAACCAACGCAUAAAUUGUUGAAUCCGGCUCGAGUUCUUCCGGCACAACGUGAAUAUAUUAUUUUAUCUGAUCAUAACGGUUAUAAGCCAAUGAAACCAUUCAGCAAAGGUGGAAUCGUUGUUGCUGAUCAUUUGGAUGCUGCCAAAGAAGAACAAUUUGUUGCUGAGGUUGGUUUUCGAUUUUUUCAAAUCACAGAUUUGAGGGUUUUUGUGAAACCGAACAUUUUCAAAGAGAAAUUUUGGCUCUAAACGGAAAAAGAGGGUUUUAGGAAAAAAGAAGGCUUUAGAAAAAAAGAGGGGGUUUCGAAAGAAAGGGGUUUUGACGGAAAAGAGGGGGUUUGCAAAGUUUAUUCUCUCAAAUGUGGGAAUAUUUUCACUUUUCAUAAAAUUUAAGUCAAAUCCUGAUCCAAAACCACACUCAACUUUCGAAAUCAACAUCAAUGACUAUUGA